GCGGCAGUCAUCUUCAAGUUGGAAAGUCGGAGUUCAAGCAAGGGGCCCGAGUUCCCGGCUUGGAAUUCUGAGUUGGAUGACCGUUCAAAACGAUUUUUCUCAAGCGGAGCUCGUUCCCAGUUGUCUUGAACUUACUGAAGUCGGAAACCUCCAGUUGGUUUGAACGCGGCAUAACUGCUGCGAACGAGUCAUUGGAAAGGUCGUGCCAGACAGAAAUGUAGCUUGUCCACAUGACAAAAACGUGGGUCACUAAAACGUUUUAAAAUAUGAUGUGAUUACUUCAAGUAUGUGCCUUUUGGAUUCCGGGAUUAGAUUUUACUGUAGCAUGAUACCGUACGCGUUCUGUUGAAUAACAUCUGAAUAAUCAAGUAGCUGACGUUAACUUCUAGCUAAAUUCACAGAAUAACUAGCUAAACAUGAGUCCUGUUGCUUCAAAUCAAGAGACAGCUGCAACAGGACUUCCUGCUCCUGGUUCUUCGGGAUCCCCUGGAAGUAGCACACCUUUCUCCAUAACUGAAUAUAUCCAGCAAGUCUACAGCCAUGUCAAAAUAGAGAAUUUGGUUGCAGGACUCAGUGGAGGAGUCGUGUCAACACUGGUGCUUCACCCUCUUGACCUAGUCAAAAUCAGGUUUGCAGUGAGUGAUGGACUGGACUUGAGACCAAAAUAUAAUGGCAUUAUCCAUUGUUUGAAAAAUGUGUGGCAGCAGGAGGGGGUUCGUGGACUCUACCAAGGAGUCACCCCAAAYAUCUGGGGUGCUGGGGCAUCAUGGGGACUCUACUUUUUCUUUUACAAUGCCAUCAAGGCGUACACUAAGGAAGGCCGUCAUUCUGAACUGAGUGCAACAGAACACCUGCUGUCAGCCACCCAAGCAGGUGUAUUGACUCUCACCCUAACCAACCCUAUCUGGGUGACUAAGACUCGCCUGGUGCUGCAGUAUAACGCUGAUCCCACCAGGAAACAGUAUAAAGGGAUGAURGAUGCACUGGUGAAGAUCUACCGGCAUGAGGGGAUACCUGGACUGUACAGGGGGUAUGUUCCUGGUUUAUUUGGCACAUCACACGGGGCAUUGCAGUUCAUGGCCUAUGAGGAGCUGAAGAGAGACUACAACAAAUACAAGAAAAUGCCUUCAGAAGCUAAACUGAAUGCAUUGGAAUACAUCACAAUGGCAGCUCUAUCCAAAAUAUUUGCUGUGGCUACCACAUACCCUUACCAGGUGGUGCGGGCUCGCCUGCAGGACCAGCAUAAUAAGUACAAUGGAGUCCUGGAUGUGGUCAGGAGGACAUGGAGGAAUGAGGGAGCUGUAGGUUUCUAUAAAGGCAUGGUGCCCAACCUGAUCCGUGUCACCCCAGCCUGCUGUAUCACCUUCGUGGUCUAUGAGAACAUGUCUCGCUUCCUGAUGGGCCAGAAGUGAGGAGGACUAAGGAGACAGCCAUGGAAGGACCACAAAUAGGAAGGGACUCAGACAGUGUAUGUGGUGCUAGAUAAGAUAAGCCAUGAACUGAAGUCUCCAGAACUGUCACAGCAGGUAACUGGACAACUGGAGCGGACAUAUCACCUGGAUACACUUCUGGCAGCCGAGUCAAAACAACCAUAAAGUAACUCCUAAAGCAUGUGGUGGAAUUAGAUCUUAUUACCACUAUGAAAAACCAGGACUCGCGUCUAUCGUAUGCAAUUGAGGUUUGGCAUUCUCAGAGACAUGAUGUUGACAAUGCUGGUAAUUAAAGACUGGUCUCUCUGUCUCUUGGAUGCAUCACAGAAGAACAGACCUCACUGGAGGCACUGUACAGGAUGUGGGUGUGAAACAUCAAAGAAAAAAUCAACCAUUCUUUCAAUGCUGCUGGCUGUGGUGUGUGUGUGUGUUAAAGAGCAUACCUGCUAUUUUCAGGGUACUAAUGUACCCCCAAUUUGUUUUAAUUUAACUUAUUGGCAUCAUACUGUAGUGCAUGUAAACCUUCAUGUUGAUUAUGUCAUAGGAAAUGAUCACAGAAGACUGAUUGCACUGUUCAACAUCUUUGAAAUAUUGUUAAUUUCAGAAGUCUUCAUCUGAAAUAUCAGUGUUGAAUUGGCAUUAGUCCAUUUCUUUCAGGUAAAAUAUUCUAUUCAAGUUUCAACCUUUGUUGCUUUUGUAUUUGUUAGCUUUUUUUUGUUUCAGAUUACAUUUUACAGCUGUUCUGUGUUCACGUGUCAUUUGGAAAAAGGGAUCAGCACAUGCAUUUCUUUAUGAUUUCACCUGGUGUUAUGAUUUUUAUGAAUAAUGACUAAAUGAUGUAUACAUUUAACRUAGAACUAUAACUAACAGAAUUCUACCCUGUCAYUGUAUGAUUGUAUGAMAUKUAUUARAAUCAUAAAUCUAUAAAUCUGAUGUGUGUAGUUUUAGUCAGAAUUAGAACAAGGACUUUUUGUUCCUUUUUAGUAUGUAAGCAGGGUGCAA